ACAUCUGGUUUGCUUCCGGUAAGCCGUCCCACUUCCGCUCGCCUCAUUCCUGAGUCAUUCUGACCUGAAGAUGGCGUUGUUUUAUACAAGAAGCCUGCAAGAUCUACCUAAAUUUACCAUCAGUGAUUUGCACCGGAUUACUAACUCCUUUGCAUCUGCUCCCAGGAGUAAGAGAGAGAAGGGGUUCAAAAUGUACAUUUCUCAGUUCAUUGACAACUAUGAAGUGUCAAACAAAGUGUCAGGCACAGGGAGAGUCAGUGUGCGAGCUAUGUGCCACAGGUCCCUGAGGAAAAAGGAGAGACCUCACAACUUGAGAAUUGUCCUUGAAGACUCCUCCCCAGUGCAGCUGUAUGAGACGGUGUGCUCGUGUGCUGCUGGCAAGGCACUUUGCAACCAUACCGUGGCUCUCCUUUUUCAGACAGCGAUCUACUCUCAGCUCCGCCUCCUUGCUGUACCCCCAGUCCUUAGCUGCACCGAGACAGAGCAACGCUGGCACAAGCCAAGGACUAUGGGUGUAAAACCAGGCCGGGUCAGUGAUAUGGUUGUGAUGUCUGCCAAGCCCAAACAAAGGACAGUUGCCAGUGGUGUUAGGAGCACUCUCUACAAGGCGAUGCGGGGGGAUAUGCCUGAUCCUGAUGUUUUGAAAGUGACAGAAGCAUAUGAAGGCUUUUCACCUGACAUAGCACCCCUUAUUACCACCAUGUCCAUCAGUGCUGAUGUCCUGCUGGUCGAGUCAGCUUUGGGAAAAGUUCAGGAGGGCAGCCUGAUCUCUUACCAGCAGCCAGUGCCAGCGAGCCGCAUCAUUUUACUCCACACUGGAGCUCCUACACCACCACCUCUGCCUUUGGAUGGCUACAGAUUGGAGCCCACUUGUUGCCAGUUUGUAUGCAGUCUCCACCAGCAACUGCAUCUGCAAUCUAUACUGACCAACUUGGAAAUGGCAAGGGCAAUAGAAGUGGCAACAAGGGACCAGAGUAUGUCUGUGGAGUGGCAUCGGGUCAGAAAGAUGAGAUUAACAUCUUCUCACUUUAGGGAGGUUUGUCAUGUUCAUGGUCAGACAUCAGCAGAACAUCUCGCUGAAAGACUGCUCAGGGGUGUGGCCCAAACAUCGGUCAUGAAAAGAGGUCUGGCAUUGGAGCCACAGGCAAUUCAAGAGUACUGUAAAGUGAAGAACAACAGCUACUGGCCUUGUGGCUUCGUCAUACACCCUGAUGCCCCCUGGUUAGGGUCUUCUCCCGAUGGUGUUGUUUUUGACCCCACAGACAACCCACCCUUUGGCCUGUUGGAGGUCAAAUGCCCCAAUGUUAAGAGUUACGUUGACUGCAAAUACCUGCAGUCAACGUAG